GAGCUUCAGAGGGAUAUUACUUUCAUGCCUUAUUCACUACACACGCUUCUCUCGACGUGCUUGGAAAUCUAAAGACCUUUGAAAUCCUGCUUUCUUCAUCUGCAACUUAUCCGUCCUCUGUAAUUCGUCUUCACUCUUCCGUCUCUCGACAUCUCUCCACAUCCUCCUCAAUCUUGCAGCACCAUAUACACACCAAUGCCGCCCCACCAGAUACCCACAUACUUCCAAACCCAAACCAUGGCUCCGUCCAACAUCGUGUCUUCUCCAAGUGCAUCAUCCUCCUCCUCAAGUCCGCGACCAACACCGCACCCCAAGCCCAACCCAGUCCUCCGCAUCCAUCUAAACGACCUCUCCCAGAAAGGCACCGUCCUCUUCCUCUCCUCCCUCCCCGUCUCCCACGUCCUCGAAGAUGCCGUCGCAACCGUACUCAGACACCUCUACUCGCCACAUUCCACAUCAGUUCCGCCCACCCGCAGCAUAACCCUCAUAAUCCGUCCAAUGGACGGCGUAGCAUACACAACUGGCCUCCAGAUCGACGACGCGCACAAGGAAAUCCACUUCAACACGCGGUACAUAGAGCAGGUAUCUUUGUCGCGUCUUGCGGAGGAGCUUACCGGCGUGAUUGUGCAUGAAAUGGUGCAUUGCUAUCAACAUAAUGGUCUUGGUACUGCACCAGGAGGAUUGAUCGAGGGUAUCGCGGAUUGGGUACGGCUGCAGGCAGGGCUGGCACCGCCGCAUUGGAAGAAGGAGGCGGGAGGACGAUGGGAUGCCGGGUAUCAGCAUACAGGGUAUUUUCUGGAUUAUUUGGAACAGAGAUUUGGGCGCGGGACAGUGAUGAGGGUGAAUGAGAGGUUGAAGGGCAGGAGGUAUGAGGAGAAGGAGUUCUGGCAAGAUGUUGUGGGCAAGAGUGUAAAGGACCUGUGGGCAGAUUAUCAGCAGAAGUUGGAAGACGACCUAGACGAACAGAUCGAUGCUAGUGUUCAUUGGAGCAGCGCGCAAGAGCAGAAGAAAGCUACAAAAUCAUUCAAUGCAUAGGGUUAUUACAGCCUUGAGUAACGUUCCUGGGGGCCCAUUCCAGAUUUUUAGAACAAUCCUCGUACCAGUCUCAAAGCAACUCCAUUCCAUACGCCUCAGAUCGUCUCCUUGGGUGAAUCCUAUGGCUUACUCGUCUGCCCACCCCUUUGCACCCAGUCCAUCCAGCUUCCUCUAUACUCCCCCACCUUCUCAUACCCACUCUGCCUCGCCAGCUGUGCCGCCGAA